CGCGCUGUGCAUGUCGGGUCUUGUAGUGUAUUUCUCGAGUCGUAGGGCUGGGUUGUAGCUCUAGAGUCUGCAGGCGCAGGAUGUGAGCUCACAGCUGAGAUUGCAGGCAGCCACAGGCCAGAGGCGGCACAGAGUCCUCUCGCCACUCGCCUGAGAGUAGAAGCGCCCCUGCGGACGCACUGAGAGUAUGAGGCCCUGGCCUCUGUGGGCCACUCAUUCGUGACCACUUCCACCACGGCAGAGCCUUCCAAGCCUACCUCCUGCCGUGUGGUGAUCUACCUGCAGCGGGAGAUGUCAGGGGACACCUGUCUGUGCCCAGCCUCGGGGACCAAGCCCAAGAUAAGUGGCUUCAAGGGAGGCGGCCUGGGCAACAAGUAUGUGCAGCUCAAUGUGGGUGGCUCCCUGUACUACACUACAGUGCGGGCCCUCACCCGGCAUGACACUAUGCUCAAGGCCAUGUUCAGUGGGCGCAUGGAGGUGCUGACUGACAAAGAAGGCUGGAUCCUCAUAGACAGAUGUGGAAAGCACUUUGGCACCAUCUUGAAUUACCUCCGAGAUGACACCAUCACCCUCCCUCAAAACCGGCAAGAAAUCCAGGAAUUGAUGGCUGAAGCAAAAUAUUACCUCAUUCAGGGUCUAGUGAACAUGUGCCAGACUGCCCUGCAGGACAAGAAAGACUCCUACGAGCCCGUGUGCAACAUCCCCAUCAUCACGUCUCUGAGAGAAGAGGACAGGCUCAUCGAAUCCUCCACAAAGCCUGUGGUGAAGCUGCUAUACAACAGGAGCAAUAACAAGUAUUCAUACACCAGCAACUCUGAUGAUCACCUGCUGAAAAACAUUGAGCUGUUUGAUAAGCUGUCCCUGCGCUUCAAUGGCCGUGUGCUCUUCAUCAAGGACGUCAUUGGUGAUGAAAUCUGCUGCUGGUCUUUCUAUGGCCAGGGUCGUAAGCUGGCAGAGGUGUGCUGCACCUCCAUCGUGUAUGCCACAGAAAAGAAGCAGACAAAGGUGGAAUUCCCAGAGGCCCGAAUAUAUGAGGAGACACUCAACGUCCUACUCUAUGAGACCCCUCGAGUCCCUGACAAUUCCUUGCUGGAGGCCACAAGUCGGAGCCGCAGCCAAGCUUCCCCCAGUGAAGAUGAGGAUACCUUUGAACUGCGGGACCGUGUCCGUCGCAUUCACGUCAAGCGCUAUAGCACUUAUGAUGACCGGCAACUUGGCCACCAGUCUGCUCAUCGAGACUAAUGAGACCUUAGGAAGUCAGAGCACAAGAAGCCAUGUCUGCUAUCCUGUGGAACAUAGCCCAUUGGCCAUCCUAUGCUGCUCCUACGAGCUGGGAGCCUGCUCUAGCAUGUAGUGGUGCUGGGCCCUGCUUGGGAGGUCAAGGAGCCUGGCAGAGGAAAGGUCACACUGUCACUUUCAGAUACCACCCCACUUCCUACCUGACAGGGAGCUACUUCUGCUUUAGGGUGAGUGUACUGACUUCCACCUCCUGUGGAGAACAUUCCCCAGGUCCUUGGCUUAGUGCCCUUCUCUCUACUGAAGAGCUCCUUCAGUUCCUCAGCUGAGGCCCACAGGAACAGCUCUGUUCUAUGGGAAAGGAGGCUUCUGGUGCUGCAAGGACCCAAUUUUGAAUAGAAAGAGCAGCCUUCUUUUUUUAAGGUGUUUAAGCAUAGGUAUGACCUGAUUAUUUGUUUGUUUUUAAAUCUAGAUGUUAGCAUGGUAGCCUUGUCUAUAAUCCCAGCUAUGGAGAAGCUGACGCAGGAUAACAAAUUAUAGUCUAGCCUGGACAAUUUAGCAAGAUGCUGUCUCAAUACAAAGUUUUAAAAGGGCUACUGGCAUAGCUUACUGGUAGAGUACUUACCUAGUAUGAGUGAGGUCCUGGGUUCAAUCCCCAGUACUGCCACACACACAAUGACUAGUUUCUAGUCUGAUGAGGGAGAACCUAGUACUAAAAACAUUUGCUCUACCCCUUUAAAUGCCCUAGGACCCAUCUUUAAAGCACUUUGUCUGUCAUUCAGGAGUCUGACAUGUGCUAUAAUGCCAGCACUCAGAGGCUGAAGCAGGAGGAUCAUAAGUUUGAGACCAGUCUGUGCUAUGUAGUUAAAAGUUCUAGGCUAGCCUGGGAGAGACUCUUGUCUCAAGAAAAAAGCAAACUGACUAGCUUUGGCUUUGUCAACCUGACUGGGCAGCCCAAAGAACACCAGGAGGGGAAGGAUACCCAAGCAGAGCCUGUGAUUUUAAUAGCGCCCUAUGGGAAAAGAUACCUCACCCCUGUAGGGUUAUAUCACUGACUCAGACCUAACACAGUUGUUUCAUUUGGAUCUUAUACUUGGGUAUGCUCAGCUGUCACCAUAAAGCCAGAGGCUGUCAUGCAGGCUGGAAACACAGCAGCAGCAGAAGGCUAUGGAACCAUCAGCUAAAGAGAACAUAUUCUUGGAGCCACAUGCUGCCAGGAAUGCCCACAGAUGUGGUCCAGGCUUGGCCAUACUUUUGCCCAGCUCCUGACAUCAUGUCUUGGUUUAUGGUUUGGCUCUAGGCAGUGAUUCCGUUUAGUGAUGACUCUCCAAAUACAUACUAGCCUUUUGAAAGGCCUUUAUUUCCUUUGGGUCACUUGACCAUGGAAGUACCAAGGUCUGGACUAGUUGUGAAUUAUUCCUCUGGGCUUUGGUUUUCCUCCCCUUUUUGCUGGUCUUGGCCCCCUUAACUAGAUUCUUUCCAGAGGAAUAUUGUCACUGGAGGGAGCUGUUUGCAAGCCUGACAAAGUGUGUGGCCAUCAACAGUGCUCAGGACGGAACACAGGUUGUUAGCUUCAUCCCUUGACCACUCUUACAACUGCCAAAUGGCUGCACAUAGCUCACCUCUCAGAGCCUAUAGGCAGAUGCCAGGGUUAGGGUUGGGCUCUCACAAGGCCCUGACAUGACAUGAUAGAGCAAGGGAAAUGUGACUUAGUAAUCAGGCAUUUGAUGUUAAUCACAGUCUUGAAUGUAUAAACAGCUCUAAGAUGCUCGGGUCAAGCACCUUGGUGAUCAGCAGCUACUAGUUCUUCCAGAUCUCACUGGAGGUGAGAUCUUUUUUUUUGGGGGGGGCAGGUUUAGGCUUUAGCUUUGAUGCUUUCCCACAGACUUUGGAAUGUUGUGGUAUGAGGCCACUGGUCUAUUUUUCUCAGCUGUCCCCAAGAAGCCCUUUAAUAGUCAGAGUCCCAACUCCCUGCUACAUACUUCCACAUCCCCUUUAGCCUCUACUUGGUGCUUUGACACCUGUAUUAGUGGUGUCUAGUCCUUGGGCCUGCACAGUAGCAAGAGUCCAGGGCUGGGUAUUGUCUUUGACUGAAAAACAUCUCCUUGGUUUAAGGAAAACACUAACACUGAAGUGAUCUGAGCGUUUUUGCUUGGACUUUAUGGCUUAGGGGUUUGUGGGAUUUCCCAGUCCUAUUCCUACAGUAGCUCUUGGCGGGAUGAAUCUACAGGCUCUGCUGAACUUGGGAUUGAUGUGACUGGUCUGCCUAAAGGGUAACACAGGUUCUGGCAUGAAAGACUGUCUUUUACUGCAUACCUGCAAUCCUUGGUUGCUUCCUCUAAGCGAUAGAAGUAAACACUAACUUGUAAUAAACUUCUGUUACACUGCCA